AGAAUUUUCCAAACUAAGAACGAAGAGGAAGUUUGGACCUUUUCGGCCACCGCUCGCAUCAAUAUGGCUGCCCCCAGGGAGAGACGAGGCUACCGUGAAGGAGACGAGGCUACCGUGAAGGAGCCGAGCGCAGACCCUGAGUCCCUCACCCAUGGAUCGCAGCGCGGAGUUCAGAAAAUGGAAGGCGCAAUGUUUGAGCAAAGCGGACCUCAGCCGGAAGGGCAGUGUGGACGAGGAUGUGGUAGAGCUUGUGCAGUUUCUGAACAUGCGAGAUCAGUUUUUCACCACCAGCUCCUGCGCUGGCCGCAUCCUACUCCUCGACGGGGUGAGGCCCCUUUGCGCCUGUCCAGCGCCUGCCUUCUAGUGCGAAAUUUUAGGAGCCUUGUGCCCAUCCAGUGACGACCCGAUUCAGCAUGUCUGUGUUUGCUCCUCUGCGAGGUGGUCUCUGUUUCUGUAUAUGUGAAAUUUAGGGGAUUAGAUCAGUGCUUCUAAAAGUUUAACGUGGCUGUUAAUCAGCUGAGGAUCUUUUAAAAUACAGAUCCCGAUUCUUUAAGUGUAGGGUAGGGCCUGAUACUGUGCAUUUCUAACAAGUGCCCAAAUGAUGUUGAAACUGCUGACCUGGGAACUAUCUUGUGCGGCAAAGGGUUUAAAUGGUUUUGAGGUUCAGAAACAAAACUGUUGCUGGCUACUGGUUACGCACAAACUUUGUGUAAAAGAUGAUGUGAUUGCAGCUCUGAAGAAAGCAAAUGGUGAUGCCACUUUGAAAGUUGAACCAUUUGUUCUCCAUGUGCAGUGUCGACAAUUGCAGGAUGCACAGAUUCUGCAUUCCGUGGCAAUAGAUUCAGGUUUCAGGAACUCUGGCAUAACGGUGGGAAAGAGAGGAAAAACUAUGUUGGCUGUCCGGAGUACACAUGGCUUAGAAGUUCCAUUAAGCCAUAAGGGAAAACUGAUGGUGACAGAGGAAUAUAUUGACUUCCUGUUAAAUGUGGCAAAUCAAAAAAUGGAGGAAAACAAGAAAAGAAUUGAGAGGUUUUACAACUGCCUACAGCAUGCUUUGGAAAGGGAAACUAUGACUAACUUACAUCCCAAGAUCAAAGAGAAAAAUAACGCAUCAUAUACUCAUAAGAAAAAAAGAAACCCAGAAAAAGCACGUGCCCCGUGUAUUACUAAAGAAAAUGAUAAAGAACUUGAAAAUGAUGAUGAAGAUCUAGGAAUCAAUGUUACCAUCUUCCCUGAAGAUUACUAAGCUUUGGUUCUGAUGUGUCUUGGCCGUAAUGUUCCUAGUAGGUUUUAUAAAGCUGCUCUUUAUAAGAGUAUUUUAGUUUGUUGAGUGUAUCAGCCAUUCAUAAGGCAGUGAUGACAAGUGCAGAGCUUCAGACUAUAACUUUGUUGCCCAGAGGAUGUGCAAUCGUCAUCUAAGCUCUCAGCAGUACCCGGCUUAUCCUGUGACUUCAUCUGAAAUGCUAUAGUUAUCCCUACUUUUUUACCAGUUUCUCCCAGGAGCACCUGCUUAAUAAAUCUAAGAUGUUUGAAUGGUGUCUUAUUCUGAAAGAACCUGACCUAAGACAGGUAUUUAGAUUAUUUUGGAUACAUUUUGAAAAGGGAUAGCCUAAACAUUUUAAGUAAAAAGACCUUUAUUUUAAAUAAUAGUGGAUAUUUUAAUGCUGGAAAUUAACAUUAUAGUUGAUAUGCCAGAAAUUAUAUCUUUGGUUGUGAUUUAAACUUAUGCCAUAAACUAAAUUAAUGAUGUAAAUACAUAGUUUUAAAAAUUCUUUUAAGGACAUGUAACAAUUUUUAAGUAUGACUUCUAUAAUACGUAUUGUUAUAGGAACAAAGAUUUGGGAAUAAUUGAUUACAGGUGAGGAAGUACUGGAAGUCCAAUUCAAGUAGAUACCAUUUCAUUUAGGUCUAAAAGGACAAGAUACAAGUUCACAUGAUGGGAAAAAUCAGAAAACCUCUCGCAGACAAAGGGUGUAUAAUGGAUAUGAGGCAUCAAAAAGCAUGGUAUAGUCAGUGAUGGGGAAUAGUCCAGAAAGGCUGAAACACAGCAUGUGAUGCGAGUCAAGGUAGUUGAUGCCCAACUGUGAAGGGCCGUUAUAAUCUAGCAUGGAGGUAGACAGUGUUUCCUUAAUAUGGCUGCAUAUCAGAAUUACCUAGGUCAAGACGAGGCAUGGAGAUGCUGCUUUAAUAGGCCCUGCUCCAGAUCUUCCAAACCAGAAUCUUAAUCCUGGAGUCUAGGAAUCUUUAUUUUUCAUACAACUCAUCCAAGUGGUUCUGAUAAAAUCAGCCCAGCACUUUUAGAACCCGCUGAUAACAGACUUAUUCCUGAAGACAUCAUUUGAGGAGGAAUUGAAGAUUUUCUAAUGGAAAGAAAAAGGGUCACAUGAACAGAUGUUGCAGUGUACCUGUGCCAUAGAUUUCAUGUGUACACUUUAUAGGAGAGUAAGCAAGAGCUCAGGUAAGUUAUAGUCCUUACCAUUGGGUUUAAGGCAGUUUCCAGGAAAGCAUGGCAACUUGUUCACCUAUGUAAGUUGAACUCUGUACCACUUGGGAGGGAACAUUCCCCUAGAUGACAAUGUCAGUGGCACUCAUGAAGUUGUGCAGUGCACAUUCUUACCUACCAACAUAUACAGCAGUCCUUCUGGGAAGGGAAUGUUGGCAGGAAAGGAAACUCACAGUGUCAGAAUGCCUGGAGCAUUUCUUCUAGUCUAGUGGACAGAAUAUGGAAGUAUCUGCCUGGCAGUGCAGUAAAUGAAAAGAGAAGAGAAAUGAAUUUAAAAAAAAAGUUAUAAAUAAGAACUGUAGGAAAGAGAGUGCAGGUGGAGCAAGCCUGUCCUGUGGUGAAAUGACAACACAUUCUGCAGUUUUAAAAUCUAAGAGGCUCACUGAUUUUUCUUCAUUUAAAUUGAUCUCCAAGAGAACUAUGUAUUUUAAAGAUUCCAUAAACUGAAUAUAUUAAUGAGAAUUAAGAAGACGGGCUGCUUCCUAAUCUGUUUAUAUAAGGUAAUAGAAUUACUUUGGUUAGUAGAGAGGAGACACCAGGUGCUGGCCAUAAACCUAAGAAGACAUUGAAUCCUAUUCACUCCUUAACAUUCCUUAAUAUACAGGCAUGAGCUACAUAAUAACAUUUUAAUCAGUGAUGGACCAUAUACCAUAUACGAUAUGGUGGCCCCAUGAGAUUAUAAUGGACCUGAAAAAUUCCAGUUGCUGGUGUUGUGGUCAUUGUAAAGCUGUAGCACAACACAUGACUCAUGUUUGUGGUGACAGUCAUACAAAAGUAUGGCACAUACAAUUAUGUCCAGUGCAUCACACUUGAUAAUAUGUUACUGGUUUAUGUCUUUGCUAUGCUUUUUUUCAUUAUUUUAGGGUAUACUCCUUCUACUUAAAAUGUUAACUGUAAAACAGCUUCUGACAGGUCCUUCAGGAAGUACUCCAGCAGAAGGCAUUGUUAUCAUAGAAGGUGACAGCUUCAUGUGUGUUAUUGCCCCUGAAGACCUUCCAGUGGUACAAGAUGUGGAGGAAGACAGUGAUACUGAGGAUUCUGACCCUGUGUAGGCUUAGGCUAAUGUGUGUGUUUAUAUCUUAGUUUUUCACAAAAAGCUUUUUCCAAUGUUAAAAAAAAAAAAAGCUUAUAGAAUAAGGAUAUAAAUAAAUAUUUUGUACAGCUGUACAAUGUGUUUUAAGCUAAGCAUUAUUACAAAAGAGUCAAAAAGUUUUAAGAGGCCGGGCGCGGUGGCUCACACCUGUAAUCCCAGCACUUUGGGAGGCUGAGGCGGGCAGAUCACGAGGUCAGGAGAUCGAGACCAUCCUGGCUAACACGGUGAAACCCCGUCUCUACUAAAAAUACAAAAAAUUAGCCGGGCGAGGUGGCGGGCGCCUGUAGUCCCAGCUACUGGGGAGGCUGAGGCAGGAGAAUGGCGUGAACCCCAGGGGGGCACAGCCUGCAGUGAGCCGAGAUUGCACCACUGCACUCCAGCCUUGGUGACAGCGAGACUCCGUCUCAAAAAAAAAAAAAAGUUUUAAGAAGUUAAAGUUGAUAAACCAAAUGUUCAUUGUGAGCUAAGGUUAAUUUAUUAUUGAAGAAAUAAAACAUUUUAAUGAAAUUUAGUGUAGCCUAAGUGUCCAGUGUUUAUAAAGUUUAUACAGUAAUACGUUUAUACAGAACAUCCUAGGCCUUCACAUUUACUCACCACUCAAUCAGUGACUCACCCAGAGCAACUUCCAGUACUGCAAGCUCCAUUCAUGGUAUGUGCCCUGUUCAGGUGUGCUAUUUUUCACCUGUUAUACCAUAUCUUAAUUGUACCUUUUCUAUGUUUAGAUAUGUUUAAAUAUAUAAAUACCAUUGUGUUACAGUUGCCUACAGUAGUCAGCACACUAACAUGCUGUAUGGGUUUGUACCCUUGAAGCAAUAGGCUCCACCACGUAGCCCACUAGUGAUGUUUGCAUGACUAAAUCACCUUACAACCCAUUUCUCAGAACAUGUUUCUAUUGUUAAGCAACACACAACUAUUUAUGUGUUUUAUUUAUGCCAGAUCACCAAUAUCAAUAACUGAAACACAGCAGUUUAGUAAUAAUUUAAUACACACCAUAACCUGCCUAUUGAGAAUGGCUUUAUAUUUGUUUUCAUUGUAGUGGAUCCAUCCAAAAUAAAAUGUUUUUUUCCUUCCUCCAGGAUGAAGGCAAGCAUUUAUUCCUAAGGUCUGGAUUCUGCAUAUCACCUACAAGUUAACUGCUUUUGUGUUCUAAAAGAGAGAGGAAAAAUGAAGUUGUCAACCUUAUUGAAAAACAAGGAGGGAAACUAAGGAACAUGCUUUCGCUUUUGAGGUUCUAGGCCAGAAGUCAUAAACUGUAACUUGUCCAAGUUAUGGCCAAGCAGUUAUGUUUUGUUUGGCCCACAUGGCGCAUAUUUUUUCUAAUUGAAUCAACAUUUUAAAAUAUGAUGAUUUAAUACUUA